AUGACAUUUCCAAUAUUACCUUUGGUAUCUUCACCACAAGAUACUAAUAACAUAUCCACUUACUCAUUAGUAGGUCAAUUGUUAUUCCCAUUUGGAUCUUUCAAACCUUCAAAACAUUUUCUUCAACAAUUCCCCCAUGAUUUACAAGUUAUUGUUGAUGCAAUUACCAAUGAUAUCACUGCAGAUCAAGCUGUUGAAUUAUUAAACGUUGGUAUUAAACAAGUAUUUAUCAAAUCAUCACAGUAUCAAGAUCUUGUAGUUUUAACUGGUUUACCAAGUUCUAGAUUUGGUAUUCAAUUUGAUAGUGAUCAAGUCAAUGAAGAAAUCUUAAAUUCAAAAUCAUCAUUUAUAUUCACUCAGGAAUUAUCUAAUGAUAAAUUAAAACAAUACAAUUCCAAUGAAAAUAGAAGUAUUUAUAUCAAAGAUGAUUUAUUAUCUCAAGAUCAAGCUAAUAAAUUAGCCAUUGGUGGUUAUAUUCCAAUCAUCACCACUCAAAAUUUAACAACCAAAAAACAAGACUCAAAUAAAGUUUCAAUCUCGUCCUUAUUUGUCAGUACUUUAACUACAGACAGACCCGAUGGUCUUUAUACCACCUUAAUCACCACCCCAGCCCCAGCAUUCACCGCCUUGGGGAUCGUCUAUUCAUCCCAGGAAUCUAUCAUCGCGGCAAUUGAAGAAAAAGUCGGGGUUUAUCAAUCAAGAAAACGUCGUGAUGAAUUAUGGUAUAAGGGUAAAACUAGUGGUGCUACCCAGACUCUUGUACAAUUAUCAAGAGAUUGUGAUUCUGAUGUGGUUAAAUUUGUAGUUGAACCUAGAGUUGGAUAUGGGUUCUGUCAUCGUGAAGAUAAUUUUACUUGUUUUGGUGAUAAUCAAUUAUGUGAUGGUGAGUCUGUUGGGACUGGAUUGGCGAAAUUGGAUAAUACUUUAUAUGAUAGAUUACAGAAUUCACCAGCAGGGUCAUAUACUAAGAGAUUAUUUGAUGAUGAAGGAUUGUUAAUUGCGAAACUUAAAGAAGAAUUAGAUGAAUUGAUCGAUGCAGGACAAAAGAAUGCAAGUGAUAAGAAAUCGGAAGUUUCUUGGGAAUGUGCUGAUUUGUUUUAUUUUGCUAUGGUUUGGUGUAUUAAACAUGGAGUAAGAUUGGCUGAUAUUGAAAAGAAUUUGGAUAUUAAAUCGUUGAAAGUUUCAAGACGUAAAGGUGAUGCUAAACCAGCCUAUAUUGAGAAGAAGCCUCAAGCUACGGAAGAAACUAAAGUUGAAGAUUACAAGAUGGAAAUCAUUACAGUUGAUGACAUCAAGGCAUAUUCUGAAGAUGUUAACCGAGCCAUGACUAGACCAGUGCAAAAAACUGCAGAUAUUAUGAAAUUAGUCUUACCUAUCAUUGAAAAUGUAAAACAAAAUGGUGAUAAAGCACUUAUCGAACUCACGGCAAAAUUUGAUGGGGUUAAAUUAACUACCCCAGUAUUGCAAGCCCCAUUCCCUCAAGAAUUAAUGAAUAUUUCCGAAGACAUGAAACAAGCUAUUGAUAUUUCGAUUUCAAAUAUUGAAAAAUUCCAUUCGGCUCAAUUACCCCAACAAGAAGUCAUGACCAUUGAAACCUCUCCUGGAGUCUUUUGUUCUCGAUUCGCAAAACCAAUUGAAAAUGUUGGGUUAUAUGUCCCAGGUGGUACUGCUGUCUUACCUUCUACCGCCAUGAUGUUGGGUGUGCCUGCAAAAGUCGCCGGAUGUAAGAAUAUCAUCAUCGCCUCCCCACCGGCACGUGCUACGGGGAAAUUAACCCCUGAGGUUGUAUAUGUUGCUCAUAGAUUAGGGGCAAAAUGUAUUGUUAUGGCCGGUGGGGCACAAGCGGUUACUGCUAUGGCAUAUGGGACUGAAAGUGUACUUAAAUGUGAUAAGAUAUUAGGUCCCGGGAAUCAAUUUGUCACCGCGGCUAAGAUGUAUGUACAAAAUGAUACUCAAGCUUUAUGUUCUAUUGAUAUGCCAGCUGGUCCUUCUGAAGUAUUGGUAAUUGCGGAUGAAAAGGCGGAUGCGGAUUUUGUGGCUAGUGAUUUACUUUCACAAGCUGAACAUGGAGUUGAUUCACAAGUUAUUCUUAUUGGUGUUGGAUUAUCCCAAGAUAAGAUAAUUGAAUUUGAAGCAGCUGUCAAGAGACAAGCUGAGGUUUUACCUAGAAAAGAAAUCGUGGCUAAAUGUUUAUCCCAUUCUUAUAUCUUAUUAGUCAAAACAUAUGAAGAAGCAUUUGAAUUAUCCAAUAAAUAUGCUCCUGAACAUUUAAUUCUUCAAAUUGAAAAUGCCGGUUCUUAUGUUCCGGGAUCAAUUGAAAAUGCUGGGUCGGUAUUUGUAGGGGCAUUAUCUCCAGAAUCUUGUGGUGAUUAUUCAAGUGGGACUAAUCAUACUUUACCUACUUAUGGAUAUGCUAGACAAUAUUCAGGGGUUAAUACUGCUACGUAUCAGAAAUUUAUUACUUCUCAAGAUGUGACUGAGGAGGGGCUUAAGAGUAUUGGUAAAGCAGUGAUGACUUUGGCUGCGGUUGAAGGUUUAGAAGCUCAUAGAAGAGCUGUAGAAGUUAGAAUGGAAAAAUUAGGUUUGCUCUAA